ACAUCUAUGGCAUUCGGAACACGCAGACACACUCAAACUGAAAAACACAGAUGGAUCAGACCCGUAUCGGCUGUACAACUUGGAUGUUUUUCAGUAUGAGCUACACAACCCAAUGGCCCUUUAUGGGGCAGUUCCUGUCCUCAUAUCUCAUAGCACUGACCGCACCAUGGGCAUCUUCUGGCUCAAUGCAGCAGAGACGUGGGUGGACAUCAGCUCAAAUACAGCAGGAAGGACAAUGUUUGGAAAAAUACUGGACAUCGUACAAGUUUCUAGUGAAGCUCCUCAGACGGAUGUACGCUGGAUAUCUGAGAGUGGUAUUAUUGAUAUCUUUAUCAUGCUGGGACCAAAACCUGUGGAUGUCUUCACUCAGUAUGCCUCGCUUACAGGUACACAAACACACAGGAAAAGGAAGUGCCACCGCACACUUCACUGCAUGCAGUGUUAA